UGUUCCCAUUACUCUCCACGUAAUAAGAUAAGAUCUCCAUCCACAACAUUCAACAGGAGCUAGCUCAGCUAGAUAAAAAAAAGUCUCUUACAACUUGCAAUCACACAAACACAAAACACCCUUUUUCCAAGAACAAGAACAAGAGCCUCAAUCUCCGAGCUUGUGAUAACUUGUUUCCAAUGAGCAUGUUAGGCCUGCGAGACCUAGUUCUCAUAGCUCCAAGCCCUUCUUCCCUUAACCACCACCAAGGCCAACCCUUUUCAGAAAACCACACUAACACUCACACUCCCAAUAACAUUCCUUUGCCUUCUUCAGCAGCUUCUCUCAGUGUUGGCUUUGGCAUUUUCCCUCUCCUCACUGCGACACCAUGUGUGCCACAGUCUCAUCAUCAUCAUCAUCAUAACAAUGAGGUUCAAGAGUUGGGUGGUGGUGCCAAUAGUAACACCACCACCAACUAUUGGAACCUCAAGAUGUGCCAACAAGAAGUGAAUAAUCCUCCAAAGAAGGGUGUGAUCAACGUGGCUGAUCAUGAUGAUGAAAAGGGUAUAAUGGAGAAUGAAGAAAACGGGGUUUAUGGGCCUAACUUUAGGGUGUGCCAAGAUUGUGGCAACAGGGCUAAGAAAGAUUGCAUCUUUAGAAGAUGCAGGACUUGCUGCAAGGGACGUGGGUAUGAUUGCAACACUCACGUGAAGAGCACGUGGAUCCCAUCGGUUCGCCGCCGCGAGCGCGAGAUCACGGUGGCUUCCGGCGGUGGUGGUAAGAGGCCAAGAGGUAUAGUGGGGUCAUCUCAAAAGGCCACUGUCACUUCUCAUAGUUCCAACUCUAAUGCUACUACACCUAGGAGCUUAGCUACGAGCUCCUUUCACCAAGAUGGUAGCCUGAAGCAGUCAUUACUGGGUCAUGUUCGAGCACCAGCAGUGUUCAAGUGUCAUAGAGUCUCUGCCAUUGGGAAUGGUGAAGAUGAGUUUGCAUACUUGGCCACGGUCCACAUUAGUGGCCAUGUGUUCAAAGGGUUUCUCUAUGACCAUGGUGUUGAUGGGAAAACCGCAAAUGCAGUAGUGCCUUGUGUCUCGGAACUGCAGGUGGGAAACAAUUGCAGUGGGAAGAACAGAGAAUGUUCCUCUGCCAUUGCAAUUGGGGUUACAAACAACAAUGCAUACCCUGCUUCUGCGACUUGAAGAUUUCUUUAUAGGUGAUGGAUCAGUUUCAUGAACCCCAAAGGAUGACAGUUCAUUUUGCAAUUUUUUGGGGGGAAAACUGACCAUAUAUAUGUUAAAGUGGUCUUUAAUUGUGUAAAUUUCUCUUCAAAAAAGAUAAAAAAAAGAUUUAAUGAAUCGGGUGAGAAGUCUAAACUAAACUUUUUACAAGAUAUAAUAUGAUGAUUACGAUCGAAGACGAAAUAAACUCAUGUUUCACAUUCAAAGAUGGGAAGCCAUAACAUAAUUAACCAAAGGGAAGCUGAUUUUUUUUUAAAAUUAACCAAAGAGAAAACAGAAGAAGAAGAAAAGAAAGCAAAAUCCAAUUAGUAAGUCAUGUACUCGACUUAUU